UCUUCUAGCAUGGCUAGAGCAGUCUGGAGCAGAAAACGGACUAUUUAACGCGACGAAGAAACGACGCUAUCACAGUUGUGAUGCUACUACAGUUGAAUACACAUAGUACAGUACACAGUAUUAUAGUAUGACAUACCAUCGAGAGUCUGUUACGUCGACCUGUAUGGAGGAAGACUUUAAGGAAAUAAUAGCCGAACUCGCCGUUCUUCCAACGGUAACUAGAAAAAAAAAAGGAAGAGGAGUAAAAAAGGUUCUAUAAUAUGAUUCUCACCAAACGCGUCCUGAUCCAUUUACUAAUUUAUACAAAAUUCCUCGCGUUUGUACAAAGCGAACUUAUAACGUUCGGUAUAGUCGGUGCAUUAAGUGGUUUAGGUUAUUACGUGUACGACAAAUACAAAUGUGUGUAUCAGGAAUGCUGCACAGAUGAAUACAUCCCUGCUGACUUAGAUAGAUUAGAAUAUGUACUUACUACUAAAUUAUAUGGGCAACAAAUUGCUCAUGAAACGAUAACAAAUGCACUUCGGGGCCAUUUGAGAAGUCACAAUUCGUCUAAGGCGUUGGUCAUGAGUUUUCAUGGGACACCAGGAACAGGCAAGAACUAUGUCGUGCAGAUGAUUGGCAAAACUUUUUAUAAAAACGGUGUUCAGAGCAACUAUUUCCAUUUUUUCAAUGGCCGUAAUGAUUUUCCUCUACAACAAAAAGUAGACGACUACAAGGAAGAUUUGUACAAAAUUAUUUUCAAAGGUCUGCAACAGUGCGAGAGAUCGAUGUUUGUGUUCGACGAGGUGGACAAAAUGCCAGAGGGUCUAUUAAACGUACUGGUACCAUUUCUAGACUACAACAACUAUCACAAAUCCAUUAAGAAUAGCGAAUCCGUGUAUCAGAACAAAGCUAUUUUUAUAUUUCUCUCAAACACUGGCAGCGCCAAAAUAGUGCAUCAUCUCAAAAAUCUGUGGGAGAAGGGCAAGAAACGGGAGGACACAAAAUUACAGGAUUUUGAAAAACUCGUAGCUAGUGGAGCAUUCUUUGAGAAGGGUGGUUUCCAUUAUAGUGAUACUAUACAGGCUAGUGUGAUUGAUCAUUAUGUACCUUUCCUACCUCUUGAGGAAAUGCAUGUUAGAAAAUGCUUAGCAAAGUCUUUCACCGAUCGAGAUGUCACUCCGACAGAGGAGAUGCUAGAAGAGGUACUGUCGCAUUUAACUUUUGGCCCUGAGCCGCAUAAUUUGUACUCGAUGGCAGGCUGUAAGAGGAUAGAACAGAAAGUUGCUGCUAUUGUGUAUCGUAAACAAUCAGAGUUCAAACCUAUUGAUUAAAAUAAUUUGUAAUACUGAAAUUGUUAAUAAAAGUAAUAAUAUUGAUGAGACAUUGUCAUGUAAGCAUUUAUAUAACAUCUCGAUAAGAU